UGAAGUUUCUUGGCUGUUUCUAGUUGCAAAGUGGGGCCCAUUUGUUCAGCCCAUCCAUUCGCCAUGGCCACCGAGAAUGUGCGCGCAGCUUUGAAGCAGACCCGGCUCUGCAAGUACUGGAGCUCGAAUCGCUGCAUGAUGGGGGAGUCCUGCAACUUUGCGCAUUCACACCAGGAGCUGCGCGCAACGCCUGACCUCGUGGCCACCAAGCUGUGCUUCCAGUGGUCCUCCAAGGGCCGAUGCAAGAAGGGCUCCGCCUGCACCUUUGCCCACGGUAAGCACCAGCUUCGGCAGCCAGACGAAAAGAAGCCAAAUCCAACGCGCAUCAGCUGGGAGCCCAUGAAGGUCAUGCUUGAGCCCGGAUCUUGGAUAUGGAAACACCAACGGGUGGAAGUCUGUGACUUGGGAUUCCGAGUGGACCAUCCUUGCUCUCUACGGGCCCCAUUUCUGCCGGAGUCUUCCGGCUGGGCUUGGAGCUCGAGAAAGCGGAGAGUGUGGCCUCCACAAACCUGCCCAGCCCAAGGACAUGGGAGGACUCUGAGCCGUCCAGCCCCAAGAGCAUGAUCUUCUGCUUGUGAGCACCACCAGACCUUUCAGCCCAAGCUGCUGAGAUGAGCUUGCUGCAAGUCUUGUGAGCGUGAACCUUCCUUCAGGAUGCUUGUGGGGAGAGCUCGGCUUUUGUACUGAACUGGUGCUCUGCAUUUUCCUGGCAAUCGCAAUGCGUUUGCCACGCAGGCCCCCCAAGAAAUCUCGCAUGGAGGUCCUCCAUCUGCAGGGCCCUUCCAUUUGUGUAGUCCGUUAGUGGUGGUGUCCCACUCUGUGUUGAUAGUUUGCUGCGACUAUGAGAUCCAACAACCGCGUACUUGUCUCUGGCCACUAAAGGAAACAGUUCCAGGCCUGGUGGAUGGCUCGUAUGACGCUCCAGGGCGGCAGGAAGCACUGCUCAGGCGAUAUUGGACCUACCGAUGUUGGCCGCUAUCUUGCGCA